AUGAGGCAUGCUUGCACCACAUUAAGCAACAGCAAGCACAUCAAGUCCCUCGUGCAGAUGUACAUGAAGAUGUACAUGAAUCAGCAAGCAACCCCCAACUACAUUAUCACAUCGGCCAAAGCAAGAAGCUGUACAAUGGGUUGGGUCAAUACCUCCGCAAUCACACAGGAGAUCCUGCCAUCAAGAUUUAACUACACCACUUAUGAUGUCCGAUGGGCUCAGGACAUCAUCAAUCCUAAGACUCCUCACUGCAACAUUAUGUUGCUCAAAUACAAUCAUGAUGAUGGUGGACACGGUGGCGACUUCCUUUUCGCUAAAGUCAUCAGUAUUCAUCACAUUAACGUUGUUGGUAUGAAUGCACACAAAGUCACGCAUGGGACACUCGCACUCUGGGCUGUGUUCAUUUCUGGCCUCUCAAAAGCCAGGAUGCUUUCAGUUUUGUGGACCCAAGAGCUGUACUUAGGGCAUGUCAUAUUGUACCAGCCUUUGCUCGAGGCCAGCAGAAUUCAGGUGAAAGUAGAGUUUCCCCUCUUGCAGGGGAUAGGCAGCAAUUGGUUAGAGUACUACAUCAACAGCACAAGCUUUGUUGAUUGUGACACCAUGAUGCAUUUUCAUUAUGGCCUUGGGGUGGGCCACUUAUACUUUCACAAUGUAAGAGUUGUAGAGACACCUAGUAGCCCAAUUAGUGCGCAGACUCUGGCACAGAUGGUAGAUAAACACUUGGAAGCCAGAGGAAGCCUUGGGAAAGCUACUCAAUGGCAAGCUCUUGCUGAUGAAGAGGAUGAGGAAGAUCACGCUGGUGUGGAGGAGCUUGAUUUUUUUAAUAAUGGUCUCAAUGCCAGCACAGAGUCGAUGAUCAACACGCUAGAUGAGAUGUUCACAACUGGUCAUACUUUUGAUUAUGAAAAUUAA